UCAUUUCCUCUUUUAUUUUAAUUUUUGCCUACCGGAUCGGAUCCUGUUUAAUAUCUAUAUCCAUAACCUGUUCAAAUUACUGCUGAAACUACAAAACCAUGUACAAAUGAGAAACUUUUGAAAAACACUUUCUGGCUCUGUUACAUCUCCUAGUAUAUCAGUAGCAUCUUUUCCUCCAUCUUCAUCUUUGUAACUCAAUCUAUCCAUCCAUCUAUCAAUCAAUAUCGGAUCGAAAUCUUCAUCAUCAGAGAAAAGAAGAUUAACAAAACGAUGUCGUCUUCUUCAGCUUCUUUUUCACCGGACCACCUCUCUCCCUCCGAGCAGCUCUGUUACGUCCAUUGCAACUUUUGUGACACUGUUCUCGCUGUGAGUGUUCCUUGCACCAGCUUGUUCAAGACGGUCACGGUUCGAUGUGGCCACUGCACCAAUCUUCUGUCCGUCAACAUGCUUGGCUUGCUUCUUCCUGCGGCUAAUCAGCUUCACCUUGGCCAUUCUUUCUUCACUCCUCAAAGUCUCUUGGAGGAGAUUCGAAGCAGUGCAACACCGAAUAUGGUGAUCAACCAACCAAACCAGAUUAAUGAAUCUAUUAUGCCUGCUGUUCAUGGUGGAGCUGAAGAUAUUCCCAAGCCUCCGGCGGUCAACAGACCUCCGGAGAAGAGACAGCGAGUCCCAUCCGCCUACAACCGCUUCAUCAAGGACGAAAUUCAACGCAUCAAAGCUGGGAAUCCUGAUAUAAGUCAUAGAGAGGCCUUCAGUGCCGCUGCGAAGAAUUGGGCCCACUUCCCAGACAUACAUUUCGGACUUAUGGCUGAUCAACCCGUGAAGAAAACAAACGUACACAAACAGGAAGCGGAGGAAGUGGUGAUGAAAGAUGGGUUCUUUGCUGCAAACAACAUGGGUUCGCCCCUUACCAAACAAGUGAAAACUACUGCUAGGGUUUUUCCUUGAUAGGGUAUUUUAUUUAUUACUUUCAUGAUAUGUUUGUCUUUAUAAGACUGUCUGAAAGUUUGGGUUUCGUAGAUUAUGCUAGUAGUGGUUAUGCGGACGGGUUUUGAUGUUUUUGUGAAGAGACAACGUAGCUACGAACAACUCUCAUGA